GGAAUUGUUAUUAUUAGCUCCUUGCAAACAUGGCGGAGGUCAGACUGAAAUUUAGUAAUGGAGUCUACAGAAUUCUUCAAAAUACAUAUCAUCAGUUGCCUCUGAGGAUUGAGGGCAACCAAGCUAAAGGCGCAAUACAAGCCAGAAGCUUGCUGACAGAAUAUCGGUCUGGCGAAGCUCAAGAUGACCAUGAUAAUACAGCCCGGGUCCAGUUGCCGUUUCUCGGAAUUCCUGAGGAGACUUUAAGAACUGAGAACUCAAGGUGCCUCAGCAGACUCACCGAAGGUGGAUUUAAGAUUGGAUUUUGCCACGACCUUAUAUCAAAAUGCGGUGAGGGGGUAUUACAGUUAAGUUAUUCCUCCAUGCAGAACCUGUCGGACAGUGAGAAUAUAAUAAGACUCGAUAGUGCUUCAAGGUGGUUUUAUCUCAGUUCACCUCACCUGGCCGACACACAAGUCCAUGUUAUUGCCUCUAGAGCUUCAAGCUGGAUAAGAAACGGUCUCGUGACGGCCACCAUAACUCAAACCAGGCGCGAGCAGAGAAGAUCUCUAUGUAUGGUGCGAUUUGCCAUCGGACAGUCGAGCUUUAGUUUGCGACAGUCUCAUGAGCAGUUAUUUGUGAGAGCUUAUGGCAACGGCAACAUGUCUGAGCCCCUAUAUAAAAGCAGAACGGCAUAUUAUGAAAUCCUCCAGGUGUCUCCAACCGCCACGCAAGCUCAGAUCAAGACGGCUUACUACAAGCAGUCUUUCGUCUACCACCCAGAUAAGAAUGCAGGCAGUGAGGAGGCUACGAACCGCUUCUCCAACAUCAGCGAGGCUUACAACGUGUUGGGCAACAAGGGGCUGAGGAAGAAAUACGACCGAGGCAUUCUGAGUCAGGGAGACGUUACUGGAGCGAGCAAACCUUCCGCGAAGGACACCAAGAGCUCCUCAUCUCAGCCAACGAGGGAGGCACGCCAGACUUCCGCCUUGGGGAUAGACAGCAAGAACAUUUUCGAUUUUGACAACUUCAUCAAAUCCCACUAUAAAUCCCAGCUCAUGAGAGAGGAGGAGCUGCGAGUUAGGAAGGAAGAGAUUAUGAGGAAGAAAGAGGCCAUCAAAGAUCAGGAGAUGGGCAAGAUGAUGGAGAUGGCUGUGGGAGUGUUGGUCAUAAUAGCAGUGUCUAUUCUGGUCAACUUGAAACGGGGAGGAAAUUGAUUUUGCAAACUGACGCUGGACAAGCAUAGGAUGGUAUUCUUUUCAUCCACACUAUAGGAUUUAUAUGGGAAGGCUGAGUGCAAUGGUAAAGGACAUGCCUUGUGCCAAAUUGACACACCCUGGACUGGUUUCCAUCUGUUCCAUUCUUGCUGUAUCCAGAUGCCCAAAUGAAAGCUGUUUAACCUAAGAAUAUAUGUCAAUAAUAAUACUGUAAUAGAUGCUGAUGAUUGAGUGAUUACUGGUGCUUUGGGUUGAGCUGUUCCACAAUCACAAGACUGCACUGUAUCACUUGUGUGUUCGCAUAUAGUUCACUAGAAAAUAUAAUAUUUAAAUUGGAAAUUGUUGGAAGUUUGAUGUAGGAAGUGAUGCAGUGAGGAACCAAAGCAUAUUGGUUUAGGCCUAUAUUGCAGUUUUGAUUGAUUCUGCAGUGUUGAAUGAAUUGCAGAACGGUGCAAUGGUUAAUUAGGCUAACGUUCAAUAUGGUGCUAUGAUUCAUCUUGGCUUUUAAAAAGUUGUGAAAAGUGAAUUUUAUGUCAUGAGCACAGUUUUAAGUGUGGGAAGUAAGCUGAUGAUACCUGGCUGCACAAGUUUGGACCUUGGCAUCAGAUAGCUCUUGAUCAUGAGUCUCAGUUCCAUUACAUUACACAUAAGAGUCAUUGGAUGAAGGCGUCUUCUGUAGGGGAGUUUUGUUAAGAUCCCAGCUGCUCGGUCUGAACAUUAACACGCAUCGCUUCCGAUACAGUUUUGAAAGCAUAAGGAUCUUAUCUUUCAUAUCAGUGAGAAAUACUUUUAAAAAAGGUUACAUUGAUACACACCUUAAUAGGAUUAUGGUUCCCACACAGGCAUAUCUCCAUUUUACAGCACUUGUUCAAGGAAAACAGAUGGAAGCUAUCUAUUAGCUAUCUAGCAUGCUCUGAACACCUGUGCGUAAGCGUAACUCGGGAAGUGUAGUAGAAGUUUAAUUUCAUCGGAUGGAGGCACCCAUAGAUGUAUGGAUCUGUGCAAGCAGUUGUAGCUGGGUGAAAAGGUGCUUUUGAGAAAACGUUUGGUAAUUCAGUUUAGAUGAGACUCCUGCAACGGACUAGUGCACUGAAGGGCCCUAGUUGGGCUUCUGUACUGGGCUCCUGUACAGAAAUAAUAAAAAUGGAACCUAAGAUCAGUAAGAGACAAGAUAACUUUGUGUACAGUAAAUUAGUUGAAAUGUGCCUUGAUGAUAUUUGAAGUAAGAACAUGUAUGGCCAAUCUCAUGUCAUUUUCCCUGCCUCAACACUUUUAAUGUAUUUAAGAUGAAUAAAUGAUUUAAAAAGUGUGCUUAUGGAAGCACAUGAAAAAGGAA